UAUUUAAGUUAUGUGCCCAAGUGUACUUUUGGUAUCUGAUGUGUUAAUAGAGACGUCAUAGGUUUGAGAGAUCAUGAGUAUUUUAUGUUGAUUUUCUGUGGGUUGCUCUCUCCAAUGUGAAGCCUUUCAGCGCUCUGAGUGGGCAGUGAGUACGCAGUAGGGAGCUGCAGACCGACGUUUCAUCAACAGUCGUGUACAGAGAGCAAGGGAGAGAACCUUCCCUACUAUUAUAUCCUUAACAACACCUAAGACAGGCAACACAGUUGGAAGUCCUGCUUAUUGAACCCAUACUCUUUAAACACUUUCAAAGACGUCCUUGUAGCAGCAUGUCACAUAUUUGGCAUUCAGUAUCAAUAAUCAGCCGUAUUGCAUCUGUAUAAUUUGUUUUGGAAGAUCGAUUUUAAUACCCUGAUGUGACAUUUCCCCGUUUGGAAUGAUGUGGACCUUUCACGACUGUAUUGGAUUUGUUUUCUUGUGCAGUUUCUGCAUUCAGUUGGGGGUUUCGUCGCAAGCAAAGUUCACCGAACUACCAACAAAUGUAACAGCAAAAGAAGGUCAAAACAUAGAGAUGUCAUGCGCUUUCCAAAGUGGAUUGUCACCAGUCUAUCUGGAGAUUCAAUGGUGGUUUAUAAGAACUCCAGAGGAACAAAGCAAUAGUGACGAGAUUGCUGGGACUCAGGUGGAAAUUGUACCAGAAAGAGAUCCAGACGACGAUGGAACUAAAAUAAGUACAGUAAAAGUACAAGGAAAUGAUAUUUCCCAUAAGCUACAAAUUUCCAAAGUAGACAAAGACGAUGAGGGACUGUAUGAAUGUAGGGUCACCGAUGCCAACUAUGGAGAGCUCCAGGAAUACAAAGCUCAGGCUUAUCUACAAGUAAACGUCAGCAGUAACUCAAGAAACAUGCAUGCACUGGAGUCAUCACCUUUGCAUCUUCAGGAUGGAAAGUCACGCAGAAGCAGUAAUGCAGCUGUGGCAAACAGUGGAGGCAACCCUGACAACCAUCAUCUUCACUCCACCUCCAGUUCUCUGACAACAACAUCUAAAAUUCUCAAACACAGUCCUGGUUCAGGUGCGAGGACAGCCACAAGCUACGGACUUGCUGUCCUGCUUCUUGUUUGUGGCUUUGUGAAGGGUGCUUUGCUAUAGUUUAAGUGCUGACUUUUUCCAAUAUCACUUUCUCUUCUUAAAGCAAAGAGAGAAUUGCCUGCUAUUUCCAUGGAGCGGACAGCACAGUUGACCGUAACUUCCAACCACUCUGCAACCAAUGCAUUCUAAUUAUCUACAUAAGAAGCAACUUUUUCAAGUCAAAAGAAGGGGAGAAACUGUUGUACUGAGCAUACAUUUUAAGCUCCCACAAUUAACGGGAACUGCUGUUGCCUACUUCAAUAUUCUUGACCUUUCACUAAGACAACUUUUUUUUUGGCAAUAUGUUUAGUCAUAUUGGCACUACGUGGAGGUUUAAAAAAAAAAAAAAAAAAAACUCUGGGUAUUCUAUAUUUAAAUGUGUUUGAUUUGGUGAUGUAGUUUUCCUCUCAAGACAUCUUGAACUAUGUAUUGCUUUCAUACGCUAUACCUGCUCAAAAAUUGUUUUAUGCUCUUUGUCUCUGGUAAACAGAAAAAAAAUGAUAAUAUGUUUUGUGACUCAGAAGUUUAUGCUUUACUGUGUUUAUUCCUUAUAUAGCACAUACUUAUGUGUUUGGGUAACAAUAUUACAUAAUAAAAAAUGCUUUUUUCAGUUA